CAUUACUGGCAACCGUAAGCCACCUAAAUUCUUUGUUAUUCUUUGCAUUCGCCUGCUCCAAAGAUCGGCGGAGUCGGAUUAUUUGAUCGACUCCUGACUGUCCACAGAUAAUAUGCGGGCGUCUGUUAUCACUCGCCACUGGAAUUCCGAAGCCAGAACAGCUGCUAGCCGAGCGAAAACAAAAGGAGAGCCGCAACAAUAGCCCAGUUCCAGAUAAUCAGCAGUGGAAGAUCACUCGGCAAAGCGCCAUUCAGAAGUGAGAAGACCGAACAAUGAACUAGCAUUAGCGCCCUACAAAAAACAGCUGAGCUCAGAAGAACGUUGGACUCCAGAGGAGCAACAGGUGUCUCACAAUGGCAAACCAGCAGGAAGAGAAUCAACGUCAGCUACUGGACUUGCUGUCCAAGGAUCAGCAGCAGGUUUUUGAAACUUUCAUCCAGUGGCUUCAAGGCAAAUCCAAGGGAUCCAUUCAAGCCCACCAGAACGCGCUGCAAUCCGUGUUGCAGACUUCGCCUUAUCCCGCCCUGCAACUGCUCCAGUUGCUCCAUGAGCGCUGUAAGCUGCACAUUAACCAAAUGUUAACCACCUUACUCCGGCACAUGCUAGACGACGAUGUCUCAUCACCGCGUUCCCUUUGUGUGCUGGCUAAUUUUCCCGCAAGCAUUCUGGAGGCGGCUACGCUUCGUCAAAAACUGAUGUCACGUCUGGUGUGUGAAUCAGUUACCAGCGAGCACUUAAUGCUGACCAUGUUGGCGCGAAACGAAGGGCAACUUCUGGAGGAUUUGCUGAAGGAGCAGCAUCAAGCAAUUUGGACGCAGUGCAGCGAGACGGCUCCGACCAAACAGUUGGUUUUGGGCCUGGCACUUAGUCAAAGGGAGCACUUUGUGGCCAGUGUGUGCCAGCAUCUAAAAGACUUCAAGUGGUUUCAAGAUCCCAUUCUACGAAACAACUUGCUAAUCCUCCGAUUAGCUAACGAGUUUGCUCUGGGAACCCAGACAUUGGAUGAGCUAGGCUGCCUGGACAAAUUCUUAGGCGAAUUCGAUGCCAACGCUGUACCGGAGGAGUUGCAAGAAAUACAUCGGUUUUUUUACGCAGACUUUCAACGCCUGGCUACACUGCUCAACUUCCUACAACCUCGGGAAAUUAGCAAAACCCUGAAAGUGGAUUCAUUGCUAAGGGCGCCGGGCGUUCUGUCCCUUCUCCACGAAAAUGGAGUCCAAUGCGACCAUCAGGAGUUACUCCGCCUAAUUGAGGACACCUACAAGUGGCAGCAGCAGACUCCGGCCUUGAAGUGUCAUUACCAGCAGGAGGUGGAGGUUAUUAGUUAUUACACCGCUCUCUGUCAUGUGUACAAUGUGAUUCUGGAUCAAGGCGAGCAGACGACCAAAGAAAAACUAGUGCAGCUCUCCGGGCAGUUGAGACAACUUCAUCAGCUGGGCACUUUAUGCUCUCUGCUGGAGGACAUAUUCCUGUUGGUUUUUCUGCGCUGGGAACAAUUGGAGCAGAGCUUGCAAAAGAGAAGGGAAGAGGAGGAGGACGAUGAAGAGGAUGAUGAUGAGCAGUAUGUCGAUGAUGACGUCACGACGCCUCCACGUCCAACCGCUGUCCACAGCCAACGCACCCGGUACGGAUUCAUCUGCCGCUCGCCCUCGCUGCAAGCUCUCUUCACAUUCCUCAAGGCUUUCGUGACGAAAAAGCUGCAUUCGCAGGAUUAUAAGUGUGCCUCGGAGCACCAGCAACGCUUCCAACGUUUGGUGGAUGCUAUUAGCGAAGCUCUGUGGAAGAUGGGGGUUCUGCAAAAGAUAGAGCAGUCGCUCAGCAAGUCGGCGCCUUCGAUCAGCUGCCUCCUGGAACCGGAACAGCUUCUCCAGUUGGUACAACUCCACAGCACGGCUAAGGAGAAGGCCUCCAGCGACGACGAAAGCCGGGAGCGCAGCAACCAUGUCUCUAGUCUCAGCCGAAGGAAGGCCCGCAAACAGCGACGGGCGGCCAGUUUUAGCGGCGCCGUAGCUUCAAAGACCUCUACGGAUGGAGGACUCACAAUGGAGCAGUACAGGGCGCGGGCGCAGCUGCUCAGUGGAAGUGGCAGUCGGAAAAGCUCUUGCGUUACUGGUCCUUGUGAGCGUUCCAUCAUCCCCAAGAUGCUGAGUUCCCCGGAGCAACUGGCCAUCAUGGCACUUGCCCUAAAGAACUUUAACGAUGUCAAGCAAAUCAUCGAGACCUUUCACCUGGAGCACAGCCAAUUAAGUCGUGAGUUGCAUUUCAUGGAGCAGCAGCAGUUGGUGAAGCAAAAACUAGCCACCAUUUAUGGCAAUUAUCAGGCUUUAGAGGCGCAGCAGGCCAAUUCAGGCGAGACAACCGUGGAGCAGAUCAAAGGCGUAGCUGCCAAAGGCUUCGAGCUGUCCAAGAUCAUUAGCGUGGUGGAUAACUUUGCUCAGGCUCAACGUCUGCAACAAAGCGAGGAGCUAAAGGCCCUCCUCCUGCGGCACAACUCCAACGGCCAACAGGGAUUCCUGCAGCAGUUUGGGGAGCGCAAUUUAAAUGCCUUAAUAAUUUGCGAUCUGAUCGUAAAUCUCGGUUUCAACCGGGAAAUCACCAGCAACUUGUUGUUGGUCAUCCGGCGCCAGCAGCAGCAGAAGAUGGCCAGCGAUGAGGCAUCCUGCUCGCCUGCCUCCUCUGAGAUUGGAGCUACGAGUCUCCUGCAGAACCUCUGCGAAUGUAUGCGCCUUUUGGAGCGAUCUGGCCAGCAGCCUGCGCUAAAUGAACUGCUCUCCUUACAAAGUUAUCCACUGAAGCCCUCGGUAUUGGCUUUGCAACUUCAAAGGGAGGCUGCAUUUCAAAUGCUCUAUCAAAAAGAACCUUCGGACUACUCGCAUGGUCAGGAGUUGCGCUCCAAUUCCGGGCACUUUCAGCAGUUUCGCACGCGUCACAACUACUAUGCCCGCUUUUGCACCUAUGUCCAACAACUGGCGAGACUUCUGCAGCUUAGAGAUCCCAACCUGGAGUACCACACUACGCAGCUCCUCCGCAACGAUCCGUAUGAAGUUAUCGGUGAGCUGAUCUACGAGUGCGGCAUAACACCACUGGAGAUCGAGGCCAGCGUGUCGGCACUUCACCUGAAUCUGGUCCAUGUGAUCGCGCUUAACAUCUGCCCGCAAUUGGGCGAGGAACCCACGAAAAGAUUACCUCGUAUUGUGGCUCCACAGAAGCAGGAGUCCAUCCACAACUACAUCGCGCAGCACAACCAGCUUCUGGCCCAAAUACUAAUGGCUAUACAGAUGGGAAACAUCCCAGAUAGCGAGUCUGGUUUGGACUUCUCUUGCCUGGGACAGCUGGUGCAUCUGCCGGAGGUUGAGAUCUUGGCAUCCAUGCACAACGGAAACCGAGUGCUGGCCGCCCUAAAUACCUACAAGUUGGACAGUGCAAGUCUGGAGCUGUUGGUGACAGAUAAGGAACUACUCCUUCAGAUUCUGCUACUUGGAAUUGGUGGACGUUCAGAUUCCCCAAAAAAACUAAGCUUGCGGAUUGAUCGACUGAUUGAGGAUCUAAUUGAGGAGGAUCCGCGUAACAUUCAGCUCGUGAUGCACAUGAGUAAUCUGGGAUUGCGUGCUCGCCUGCUAAAAGAGCACUUCACUCGCAUUCCCAGCAGUCAGCAGGCCAAGGAACUGAUAGAACGGACUCUGCAGCACCGUCGAGCAACCAAGGCAAUUCCACCAUUUCUGCGUUCCCAACUGGAGCAUACGCUGUCGGACAUAACUAUAUACGCUAAAGUUUCGGCUCUGCUCCAGUUCGAGAGUUGGCCUCAAGCUUACGACUUCGGAAGGCAGACUCCGAAUGUGAUUUUCGAGCAGUUGCUGCAACGAAGGAGAUUUGGAUUGUGUUUGGAAUGGAGCCGUGUGGUUUAUUUGGCUGGAUCUGCGGGUCAACAACGGGUGUGCCUUCUCACCCUAUUGGACGCCCUUUUGGAGUUGCGGGAUGAUGAGGAACUGGACAAGUCCCUGCUGGGCAUCGUGGAGCUAUUUCCGCAAAUGGCGCUGGUUAAUUUCUUGGACACGCACAAGGACAAAUUCAGAUCGCUUCCGCUACUGCAGUGGGUCAUCGAUUACCUGGAGGGUCAUGCUCGUGAUCCACGGCUGUACAGAAACUAUCAACUCUCCCUAGAACUUCUGCGGCAAAUGGAUACCACUGAGCGGUCACAGUUUUGGAAAUUAAUUCGGCAUCCUUUGCUGAUUGUCGAGCAACUCGUAAUGAACGCCCGCUUCGAGUUGCUGGGAAAACUGCUGGAUGCAGCUCGCCUAAAGUUGCAAAAGGAGAAGCCCAUUGGACCAUGCCCUUACUGCUUCAAGAAAACAGGCCAUGUCUACGAUGUUCAGUCCAGCUCUGACUCGGGAACUGGGUCAGGAAGGACACCAGCCAAAGUGCGCUUCCAACUGGGACAAACCGCGUCGGAAGCUUUCAUUCUGCUGAACUUCAACUCCUACCAGCAGGAUCACUAUGUGGGUCAGGAGUGCUUGGACCUGCUCCUGCGAAUUUAUGCCAGCAAGGCUUUGGACUACGAUGUGGCCAAUGUACGGGCUGCCUCCGAACCGAGUUCCCUGGGCACUGAUGUUCAGAAUUCGCUUGAUUCACUUUGUGGCGCCUUCGUGAUGCCGAAACAGGCUCCAAACCGUCAACAGUGGACGCGAGAUGAGGAGGCAAGCCAUUGUAUGUGCUGUCGGCGGGCUGCUUUCACCAUGCUGAUGAGACGCCACCAUUGCCGCCGGUGUGGACGAGUUGUCUGCUAUGCCUGCUCCACGCAUCGGCUUAAAAUUCCAGAGCUCUAUGACGAAUUAGAAGUGCGCAUCUGCAACGAUUGUGCCAGCAGUUUGGCAGUCAGGGAUCAAGGAGACGGUGCAUCGAGUGAAAGAAGCGUUACAUCGACAUCGGGAUCAAGGUCUUCGGGCCAAGGUGAGACCUGCAAGUGGAGACUUAGCGGAAUCAUCACCCAUGACAAGCUGCUGCGCGAGGAGUUCUCCUAUGAGCACGCUCCCAGUGUGGCGUUCUGUUUGUCCAUCCUUCGCAAUCAUGUGGACCAACGUAGUUGCGUGGACCUGUUGCUCUUCCACUGCCGCAAAUUGGAGAAACUGAUCGUGCCCAAUCCGGAGGUGGACUACGGACUGGUAGCCAAGAUGAUUAAUUGCCUGGCUUUCGCCGCAAAGGUUCGUGGGGCUCCUGGAGAGAUGGAGAACAUUCGCGAGCACUCUGAAAUAAUUAUGGCUGUUGUGCAGCAAGGCUGUGAAUUAUUAAUACCAACCGGACCCCUCGAUAAUCACAAUCUGCGAAAGCUGGCGGAUGCUUUGGUGGAGGCGGAGCAUUGGACUCUUGCAUUAGAAGUGCACCUCAAGUGCGGUUUCGCGACCACAGGAGCAAUGGCGGCUCACGGACUGGCUUGCCUUCGAGCCGGUUGCUAUGACGCGGCCCGUGAGAAGUUCUCCCACUGCAUGACUCGUCUUUCCAGCGAUCAACUCAACAAGAGCAUCUGCAAAACCAUAUUUAGUAUGUCGACUGCAGAGGCAGUGCUCCUGCCCAGAAAGCGACCACAACGCGGUCCGGCCCUUCUCCAGGAAAUUCUGCAGUUAAUAGCGUCGAUGCCGCAGAUGCAACCUCAGCCGGAGACUCUUCACCGAGCCUCACUUAUCCGAAAUUCGAAUACAUCGUUGGCCUCGCUUUUCUCACGACGUCGGGAGCCCUACGUCCAGCAACGUCCGCUGCAGGAACCAGCUCUGAACGUAAUGAACGCACUAGCGGGGCUCAAGAACAUAGCCAAGGGACACUAUGGCGGCCAGAUUGCAGUAACCGAGGAAAGUCGGCGGCAGGAACGCGGCUUUGAGGAAUCGCUGCAUUAUGUGCUAACCUACGGCAGCCACGGCGACAUACUCACCUUUCUAAUGCGGCGAGACGAGUUGCGGGCAGCACUUCGCUACUGGCAGCACCAGCAACUGGACGCCGAUCUCUUCAUCCAGCACAUAUUCCAGCCUCAGCUGGCCAACGGAGGCCUGACCGUUUUGAUGGACGAACUGCAGCAAUUGGACGACGCUCAGCUGAGUGCCUGGCGCUUGCCGCUCCUGCAGACCUGCCGUCACUUGGAGCAGCAGCAACAACUGAGUUCGCUUUACCAAUUGCAGCUCCUGCUGAAGGACCCCAUCCGGGCCAGCAUGACGUGUGUGAAGUUCUAUCCCCUCCAGUGCGAGAACUUCCAGAAACUGCAUGCCAAUGCCCAGCACUUGAUCUCGGCUCACAUGCACUUGCAGGGUGAACUGGAUCUUUCCGAGUGGGAACAUUUGCAGCGCCAACAGGGCCGAAGGAGCAGCGUGAGCAGUGGAGCCAGCGUUCGAGGUGCCUGCUUCGCCAUGCAGAUGGACGCCAGGGCUCUUAACGGCCACAUCAAUACCAUUCGACGUCAGUUGGAGGUGGCCAAGUUUUUGGCACAAUGCGAAAAGGAACAGACGCCAGAUGAGCCCCUAAAAACCAUUCAAACUCUAAAGCAGAUCCGAAUGGAGUCCAGCAGAGGAACUUUGCCAACAUUGUUUGAAGGCGCCACAGAUCGCAUUCAGCUGUGCAUCCUGAUCCUACUAUGCGGAAAAAACAUAGACGAAGGCUUUGGCCUAGCUUACGGAAUAAUGCAGGACUAUAAAUUGGCUGCCAUUAAAGUGUUUGGAGCAACGGCAAAGUACCUGGCACGGAAUCAACGCCUGGCAGAGGUAGAACGUCUGGUGGACUGCAUCGGUAGCAACAACGGCGGAAGCAUAUCGGCGGAGUGCGAUGAGAUCCUCUCAAUCGCCGUAAAUUCCGCCGUGCACAGCAGUUCUCCGGAGACCAAGCAGAUGCUGGACAGACUGAUCAAGCGCAUGGGCAGCGUGGAGGUGCGGGUUACCUCCUACAUAUACAUCGGGCAGCUCAAGUCCGCCUAUUUGCUGGCCAACAAGCAUGAGCGACUGGCGGACAUCCGCCGAAUUUUGAGGCAGGCGGAGCUCACCGGCCAAGUGCACAUCAAGAAGCUUUGCGAGAUGAAACUCCAGCUUAGCACCCCGCCAACGCCUCUGUGAUAUCGUAACCCCUCGGGCAAUAACAAUUUACUAUGUACAUCCAAUUUUUUGGGGGUCUAGCUAGUAGCGAAAGAUACCAUUAUGAACAAUUUUUACAUUGUCAUCUCAUGGUAAACCACAUAUUAUCUAUUUGCUAUAGAGAUGCAAAUUUAAAAGUUAUCAUUUGCGUAUUCUUACUUCACUAAAGCUAGUAAACACCCCAACUAUUUUGUAUCUGGUCUAGUAUAGAAAAAUUGUUUUUAGAAAUUAACAUUUACCUAGAUCCAUUUUAAUCUUUCCAAAGGGCCAGCUAGUAUUCUAUCCCCGAGCUCAAAAAGACUCUUCCAACAAUUAACCAAAUUAUAUUAUUGAUUGUACUGUAUUAUCUCAAUGUUAUUUUUAUAUAAAUUAUACUGUUAUAUGUUUACUCAAAAGAAAA